GUCGGUGUCGUAGUCAGCGCUGGAAAGAUGCAAAACACAGUCAAAGUCAGGCUACCCAGUCAGAAAUGGAACAACUACUUGAGAAAGCACUUCAAGGACCACUCAGACCACCUAGUUCACGACCCCAAGUCCUCCCUCAACAUCGGCGACGUCGUAGCUCUCAGACCCUUCCGCGCCGCAAAACACGUCCACCACGUCGUCUCGGAAAUUCUGGUGCCCUUCGGCACACCAAUCACCCAACGGCCGCCCAUCCCCAGCGCAGGCGAGUCCGAAGCCGCAUACAACGCCAAACGCCACUCGAAGAAGGAACGUCGCAGUCUUCGCCGUGCAGCUGCCCAAGGCUCCGAGUCUGCGAUCGCAAAGUUGGACGCUAUGGAGGUGGAAGCUGGGCAGGGUGUUAAGGCUGGAAAGGGGGAGAAGGGCGCAAAGAAUGCUGGACUUCUGGGCAACAAGGGACAGAAGCUGCCAAAGGGAGUUUUGCCGGGUGGUAAACACGCAGUUGGAAAGAUUGAUGAGAGGGCGAAGCACAAUAAGGAGCAGGCUAUCAAGAGGAAUGAGAAGGCUGAGAAGAACUUGCUAGAGGCUAAGCAG